ACACCAUUUCCUUCUUCAAUCGGCGGUGCGCUCGAGCUCUUAUUUUGACGGCCUGCCAAUCUCUAACCGGAUGUCAUCGGCGCGCGGAGAACGACGCCGGGGCGGAGUCGACUUUGUCCGCGGCGGCCGCUCGCUUUGUUGCCGCGGUUGAGGAAGGAGCGCGUUCGGCCAGCGGCGACCCGAGGAUCGGCGGCGGCGGCGGCCGGGGUACGUUGCUCUCGCGCACGCUUGAAGCCGAUCCUUUCGAAACGCUCCGAAGCGUCAUCUGUCGCGUCUCUUCAAUCGAUGUGAAAUUUCACCCGCCCGCCCGACGCGACGCGACGCGACCGACCGGCUUUUCCGCGCGGCCGGGAUGAGCCGGGCCACCUCCGAGAGCGUCGUCAUGAACGCGCCGGCUCGACGGGUGCGCCUGAAGCCUUGGCUCGUGGCUCAGGUGGACAGCGGCCGUUUCCCCGGCCUGCGUUGGAUGGAUUCGGAGCGCCGACUCUUCCAGAUGCCCUGGAAGCACGCCACGCACGGCGCGCCCGCGCGUCAAGAGGAAAGCUCCAUCUUCAAGGCGUGGGCCCUCGAAACGGGCAAAUUUCAGGAAGGUGUGGACGAUCCCGACCCGGCCAAGUGGAAAGCCAACCUGCGCUGCGCGCUGAACAAGAGCAAAGAGUUUCAGCUGCAGUUCGACGGCACCAAAGAGACGCCCUUCCAAGCCUAUAAAAUUUACCGGGUGGUCAACACAGACGCAGACGCCGCCGCCGCCGCCGACGAUGACGAGAUGCCCGACCUGACGGAGCUGACGCUCGGUAAGCGGAGUCGGCCGUCGCCGCGGAAAGCCACUUUCCGACGUCUCGGUGGCCUUUCAGAGUCCGGGUUCCGCGACGCCGCCUCUUCGGCGUCCGUUCCGCCGGCCCUCCGCGACGCGAACCGGUUCCGGGCGACCGCCGUCACCUCGGAGCCCCCCCGGCAGGAUUUCCCGGUCUUCGAUGGGGUCGGCUUUGAACACCCGGAGGCCGGCGCGGCGGUCCGGGCCCAAGUGGACCCGGCCAACCUGCUCGGUAGCAUCCCAUCGACGGAUCUGGAAGUGAAGUUUGAAUACCGGGGGCGGGCCAUGGGUUCCCUGACCGUCAGCAACCCUCGGGGCUGCCGGCUGUUCUACGGACAGCUGGGGCCCGACCCGCAGCAGGUGGAGCUGUUCGGACCCGUCGACCUGCAGCAGGUCUCCUUCCCGGGGGCUUGCCAGAUCCCGAGCCAGAAGCAGCGCGACUUCACCCAGGCCCUGCUGAGCGUGAUGGACCGAGGCCUGGUCCUGGAAAUCUGGGAGCAGGACAUCUACGCCGUCCGCCUCUGCCAGUGCAAGGUUUUCUGGUCGGGACCCGGCGCGCCCGAUCGCGGGCUGCCCAAUCGGCUGGAGAGGGAGAGGAGGGUCCAAGUGUUCAGCCUCAGCCAUUUCCUACAAGGACUGAUCUUGUACCAGAAGGGCGAAGCUCAGAAUCCCCCGCCCUACGAGAUCUACUUCUGCUUUGGGGAGGACUGGCCCGAUCAGAAACCAAAAGAGAAGAAACUCAUUGUGGUCCAGGUGGUUCCGGUCGUGGCCCGGAUUCUAACAGAAAUGUUCUCAGGUGAGCACAGCUGGUCCAUCGACAGCAUCCGGCUGCAGAUCUCCAACCCGGAUGUCAAGGACCAGACAGUGGAGCAGUUUAAGGAGCUCCAGAGACUCCUCCAGAGUCAAAGCAUCCAAGGACUCUGAACUGCCGCCGCCCCACCCGAAACCGACAUUCCGAGCCCCCCGCCCCGCCCCAACAGGUUCAGAACAGAAGACCGCGUCAAGCGAGACCUGCGCGCGAGCACGCAUCCUUUGCACGCUCGUGCCACCGUCUUGGAUCAGAGCGCGUGUGUGCGUGUGGUAAAGCGACCCUCGGGGUCCCUUUUCAAAUCUGCAAAAACAUUUUUGGAUGAGUGUAUUGACACCUGCGACCUCACUCUUUAGCCAAUAGCAUCAUCCAAUUCAGAACAGCAAAUUGUUUUGAAGCGCUCAUGCGUGGUUGCUGAAGCCGAGCCGUCUAUUUUCAAUGGAAAGGGGAUGAUGUAAUUGUCCAAAAUAAAAAUCAAAAGAUGAUGAUCUUUCCAUAAUGCAUCGC